AUGCGCGUCGACGUAGAGACCAAUGGUGACGCCACGCCUUCUCACACGGCGUUUAGUCGCUUCUCGCACACAGCGCGCAAGUUCAUCGACCGCUGCGAGCGUUCACUUCACCACACUAACCGAAGUCAGUACCUGCAUGAGGAACACCACAGGAAGUGGUUCGUCACCAAUAGCGCGCACGUCCGUGAGUGUCUCGCCGAGCUUCUGGGCACUUUUGUCAUGAUCUGCUUCGGUAUGGGUGUCAACAACCAAGUGAGUCUGUCGGGGGAAGCCAAUGGCACGUGGCUCAGCAUCAACGUGGCGUGGGGGAUCGGUAUCCUUAUGGCUGUCUACUGCUCCGAAGGAGUUAGUGGCGCACAUUUGAACCCGUCCGUCACGCUCGCCCACUGUGUGUAUGGCCGGUUACCGUGGUGGAAGAUGCCCGGUUACUGUCUUUCGCAGUUAAUCGGAGCCUUCGUUGGUGCUGCGGCAAUUUAUCUGCUCGACUACCAGAAAAUUCAGAAAAUAGAUCCAGAUCUGGAGACUACGCAGGGCAACUUUGCCACGUACCCAAGCGACGACAUUAGCAACUACACGGCGUUCUACACGGAGACGCUGGCGACGGGAAUGCUGCUAUUGUGCAUCUACGCGAUCACGGAUCAGAACAAUCGCUCUCCGGGUACAGUGGGUACGCCGUUUGCCUUUGCGUUGAUGAUUAUGGCUCUUGGCAUGAGCUUCGGCAUGAACACUGGCUACGCAAUGAACCCUGCGCGUGACUUUGGUCCUCGGUUGUUGACGUACGUGGUGGGAUACGGCUCGAAGGUUUGGACGGCGGAUCACUAUUACUUCUGGAUCCCCAUUGUCGGCCCACUGGUCGGUGGCGUGAUUGGCGCUGGCUUGUACACGCUUCUGGUCCAGAUUCAACACCCGCAUGAGCAUGAGUUGUAG